GUCGCUGACGUAGUGCCCUGUCUAGAACCCGGAUGGAGCAGCCAUUGGGGGAAGUGUACAGGGCCUGUCGCUAACCGAGGAGGGAUCUCUGGAGUGAAACAAAAAAAAGACGCUAAAGAUUCAACCGUGGACAAGUAUUGUACCGGAUCCAAUAACAACAUUCUGUGGAGAUCUGGAAAUAAUAUCCGGACUUGUUUACCUUUGGACAUUCGGACCCUAUAAGACUGAGACUUGAACUGUGGAAGUUGAACUGGGGAUAGCUAACUACGUGUAGCGGAAAAACACUUUAGCUAACGUUAACUGAGCUGAGAACAAUCGAAACCCGGGGCCCCAGAUACAUUAUAGUGACCAGCUAGGCUCCGUGCGAAUCCAGGGACUUACUUGAUGAAUUAUGUCCGCCACAAGCAUUGACCCUCAGAGAUCAAAGGGACAAGCAUCUAAAGUGCAAAAUGGUUCACUGCAUCAGAAGGAGACUGUCCACGACAAUGACUUUGAGCCGUACCUCACUGGCCAAUCAACCCAGGUGCGUGACUGGCCGCAGAGCAACAGCUACCAGUCCAUGACUGACCCCUACCUGUCCAGCUACUACGCCCCCUCCAUCGGCUUCCCCUACCCCCUCAACGAGGCCCCUUGGUCCACCGGCGGAGACCCCCCCAUCCCUUACCUCACCCCCUACGGACCCUUGAGCAAUGGAGACCACCACUUUAUGCCCGACACCAUGUUUGGCCAGCCUGGAGGGCUUGGGAACAGUAUUUACCCCCAUCGUUUUAACUUUUUCCCUGAGAACCCGACCUUCUCCACCUGGGGCACCAGUGGCUCCCAGGGCCAGCAGACUCAGAGCUCAUACGGGGGUAGCUAUAGCUACCCUCCCAGCUCCCUGGGGGGCACCCUGGUGCCUGACAGCCAGACAGGCUUCCACAGCGACACCAUCAACAAGGCCCCAGGCAUGAACAGCCUGGAGCAGGGCAUGGUGGGCCUAAAAAUCGGUGGUGACAUCACAGGCCAGGGGUCAGGGGUCAAGGCUGUGGGCUCUGUGAUUGGUGGACCGCCGGCGGUGGCGCAGGGGAACGGGGGUACGCCCAUCGGUAUGCCCCUGCCCAAGCCCACAUCAUGGGCGGCCAUUGCCAGUAAGCCGGCCAAGCCCCAGCAGCUGAAGGCCAAGAUGACACCAGGCAUGUCCAGCCCUGGGGGAGCCCUGCCCCCUCCGCCCAUCAAACACAACAUGGACAUCGGCACCUGGGACAACAAGGGGCCUGUGAAUAAAGUGGCCCAAGCCCCCAUGCAGCAGGCUAUGAGCAUGCCACUUGGUCACCCCAUGCAGCCCCCUCCCCAGUCCCUGGUGCAGCAGCAGAUCCAGCCCAUGGCCUUACAGCACCAGCCCCCUCAACCCUACCAGAACCAAACCCCACCACCCCAGACCCGCUGGGUUGCCCCGCGCAACCGUAACUUCAGCUACGGGCAGGUAGGGGCCGGAAUGGAUGGUGGCAGUAUGAUUGCCGUAGUUGGCGGGGGUAACGGUGCCCCCCUCGGUCCUGCCAGUAUGGUACCCGGUGGAGCAGAGAACCACCCGGUGCUGGAGAAGCUGCGUGCAGCCCACAGCUACAACCCCAGGGAGUUUGAGUGGAACCUGAAGAACGGCCGCGUGUUCAUCAUCAAGAGCUACUCUGAGGACGACAUCCACCGCUCCAUCAAGUACUCCAUCUGGUGCAGCACCGAGCACGGCAACAAGCGCCUGGACGGGGCCUUCCGCGGCCUCAACUUCAAGGGACCCGUCUACCUGCUGUUUAGCGUCAACGGCAGUGGCCACUUCUGCGGCGUGGCAGAGAUGCGCUCUCCCGUGGACUACGGCACUAGCGCUGGCGUGUGGGCGCAGGACAAGUGGAAGGGUAAGUUUGAUGUGGACUGGCUGUUUGUGAAGGACGUGCCCAACAGCCAGCUGCGCCACAUCCGCCUGGAGAACAACGACAACAAGCCGGUGACCAACUCCCGGGACACCCAGGAAGUGCCUCUGGAGAAGGCCAAGCAGGUGCUGAAGAUCAUCAAGGGUUACAAGCACACCACCUCCAUCUUCGAUGACUUCUCCCACUAUGAGAAGAGGCAGGAGGAGGAGGAGGAGGUGCGCAAGGUCUUUGAGCCACCUGCACCCAUCCAGAACCGGUCUCGACUGGAUCAGGAGUGCCAAAACAGGAGUAAACAACAGUAGAAGACAUUUAUCCUUGGCUUGAUCCACAUUUACACUAGGACUUGAUUUCAAAGACAGAAGAAUUCAGAAUUUAUUUUGAAAAAAUAAGUUGUUUUUUUAAAUAUUUAAUCCUGGUGAAUUUCUGCCACCGCCGUUAAGACUUGCGCUUUGUGCUCCAGGUACCACCCACCACCUCUUGUGCAGGGAUAACAAGCUGAUUUAAUGUAUUACCUAGCCACCACCACUGCACUGUUUUAGUUCUGAUUGACUUAGAUUUUUACGUUCUCUCCGUCAUGUACUCUUUCUCGUCAGACUGGGUUGGUUUUGACCUUUCCUGCCCCCUUCCUCCCUUCUCUUGCUCAAAUUGAAUCAGGGUUUGACAGCACCAAGGAGAAGAGAAUGUCUGCCACUUUAUAUUUCUGUACAAUCAGGAACUGCCGUGUCCUGCCCCUGUUUGUCCAUUAGGGGGCGGUGUUGCCAUGCUUCAGAGGUUUAACUGUGCCAACAGGGUUGGAGGAUCCCAAAGGCAACAUUUUCGGACUUGGAACUGUGUGCGAUUAAUUAAUAAGACUUCAAUGGUUUAUCUAUUUUUCAUUCAAGAUCAACAAAGUCUAUAUUUUUUGGCUUACUAUUGACAAUUUUCAGUUCAGAAAGCUGCUUUUCUGGAGCCUUAAUAUGUUAUUUUCUAGUUAUUGAUGACAUGUAAGAAUAACUGCUCUUUAAUAACUGACAGUGCUGGAGAAAUCAGGGAUAGUGUGAAGUCACAGACUCUGGACAUUUCACAGGAGUAAGUGCAAAGGCCUCUGGGAAGUAAGUAACUGAUGUGUGUCCUCCAGGAUGACGGAGCUCUCACCAUCUGAAUCCAAAAUUGUACAAUUUGACAUCCCUCAUACCCCUCCACUUUGGUUUGUUUUGAUAAAUGACGGUUUUGUAUGUUUCAUCAUUGGGAGAUUCUGUUCACGUAUUCAAGCCAGUCUGAGAGAAAUGUAGCAUUCACCAUUUUAAAAAGAUUUUUUAAUUAUGUGACGUAAACUGCUACAUAUGAAUGAAUUGUUUGUUGCUCUUUUUGGGAAAAUCACUUCGGUUAAUUGUCCGUUGGCCAUCAUUUUGUCUUAAUCUUUUGUUUUGUUUGACUUUUUUUGCUUCUCAAAAUGUGGUUUUGCUAUAAAUCCAGGGCUCUACGCUGACUUAAAACAUUUUUUUUUACAAGGAUCACGUGUGUGCUUUAGUUGAAAAAUGUAGGAGCACACAAAGAAAUUAUUUAGGAGCACAAUGAAAAAAUGAUUGAAAUAACAAGCCGUUUUCUUUGUUGUAAUGGUGCAAGCAUGACGGUCAUGAAUCUGCGCUCAGUGAGUUCUCCAUGGCACCCAGGCGCUGCGGUACAGUGAAGUAUCAUUGCAACAGCUAUCAUCUGGGUGGGUUUUCUUUCUAAGUGCACUGGUGCACUGAAAUCUAUAAUUUCCUUUGUAAUGCUAAGCUUUAACUUAGGAACAUAUAGUGACGGAGAAAGCCUACAACGUAUAACCUGCAAAUAAUGUAACUGAUUUACUAUCAAGAGUAAGAAAAAAAGAAAAAACAAGAACGAAAUAUGCUUUCUGUGUUUUUCCUUGUUGCCGAAAAUGUGUGUGUGCUUUUAGAAUGGAGUCAUUUGAUUAAUAUAUGAAAGAGAUUGAUUGGGGGUUGAACAUUGAAAGUAUCUCUCUAAUUAAUCGCCUACAAUGCGUAAUCAUGCAGGCUGUCAACAGGUUAAAGCUGGAAUCUGCAUUAGGUGAAACCGCGCCGCAUUUGUUGUUAUUUUGUUUAUGAAAGGACCGAAGCAUCCAACAGCACCUUGAUAACAUAUAUCAUCAUAGACCAGACCAGAAGAGUACGUACUAUCGCGGGUGCAGUGAUGUGCAUUGAUGUAUGAGGGGAAACGAACCGUGUUCAUUGUUUUGAAGUAAUGUAUUUGUUUUAAUAUCGCAGAAGGAGCUACGGAUUCCAGCUUUAAACACCAUACAAUCCUUCGAGUAGUGCUUACUGCUUUUCAAUGUUUUCUGUCAUUUUAUGCCACGUGUCUGUGAACACUUGGACAGGACAGAGUGCUAAUGAAAGUAAUGACAUGGAUGUGAAUGCUGUCGCUCCACUGUACACGAGCAUGGACUCGUCUCUUGUGUUCAUGAAGUUGUGUAACUUGCGAUGUGCGUGGAUCAGUUCCCGACUUGCUGGAUGUGUGGUGCUCGAUUGUGUCUGUGUCACCACAGUCCCUUCUCAGAUGUUGGUUUUGUCUGUACUCUGUAGCGUAGCUGCCCCUUUACCUGGCCAGUGUAGUGUAUAAUUCUCGUAUGACUGGAGACAUGACCUAUGACCUUAUACAGGGGACACCCUGGGUGCAUCUCAAUUUAGGGAGAAUCUCAAUUUUAUACUCGUCCUCUUUUUGCCUCUUCAAAACCCGUUGGAGAAGGUCAGAGGGGCGGGACCUAUGGCUUUCUCAUCCAAUGGGUUCUGAGAAGGAGAUGACUAGAGGGGACGCUAGGAGUAUGCAUUUGAGAUUCUUCCAGUCUAAAGUGACUUCCUUCCUCUCCUUGAUCUGCACUAAUGUGAAAACACAGUGUUAGAGCCAUAUGGGUGGAUGCCUUGGAUGGUGUUUCAGUCCUCUUUCACACCAGUAUAGAUAAAGAAGACAAGUGGAGACAGCUACUUUACCCUAUAGACAUGCAUCACUGUUGCCUUUCUUUUGGUCGAGAAGCAUGGAAUGGUUGUGAUGCCAAUUGUUUAGGACUUACACGCACGUGUCAAAUGAUUUCUGUAAGAGGGCCAUGUUUGUGGUUUUAAAAUAAAUGAUAUCUACUACAGAAUAAUCAAAUCAAAUCAAAAAAAUAUUCAAAGGAAUUAUCGUCGUAUAGACUUGCAAGUAAACCACUAUAGCUAUAUCAGUGGGAGUAACCUGUAAGGUUUUUAAAACCCAAUCUUGGUUUAUUUUUAUUUUUUCCUUUAGAAGAAAUCAAGCCUUAAUAAAAUAUUUAGCAUCAA